GUUGCAUCAUUUGGCAGCGGACGCAUUUAGGCGCAUAUUUAGGAAGUGCUGUGACAGACUGAUAAGAAUGUCCGAUGCUUCCCACAAUGUAACAUUUUGUCCAUUUUGCUGAGGAAGACGUCUGUCCACCUUGCCCAAGGUGUCCCAGGACCGCCAUUCAACCUGCUAAAAGAUGAGCUGGACCGCUGGUACGCAGUGCGUUGCCAAGGGAGACCACAGGAAGCCCAAACCAGGGGAGUUGGCAUACUGCAAAGGUGACAUCCUCACCAUCCUUGACACCACAGUAAUGACUAAAGGAUACUACAAAGCCCGACAUAACUCCAGUGGAGAAGAGGGGAUCAUAAACGGCACCAAUGUGCGGGAAAGAGGAGCUCUGCGCGUUGAUGCAAGCCUCAGCCUCAUGCCAUGGUUUCACGGGAAGAUCUCGGGCCCAGAGGCCGUCUGCAAGCUGCAACCGGCGGAGGACGGCCUGUUCCUGGUGCGCGAGUCCAUCCGUCACCCCGGCGACUACGUGCUGUGUGUGAGUGUGUGUGGGGAGGUCAUCCACUACCGUGUGAUGCACCAGGACCACCAGCUGACCAUUGACAACAAGCAGCACUUCCCCAACCUCAUCCACAUGAUAGAGUUCUACUCUCACAACAAGGGCUCCAUUGCUCAAACGCUCCUGAAACCCAAAGCAAAACACGGAGCCAAGUCGGCGGAGACAGAGCUAUCCAAAGCUGGAUGGCUGCUGGACAUCUGCAAACUCACACUGGGGCACAGCAUUGGAGAAGGGGAGUUUGGUGCUGUGUUUGAAGGCGAGUAUUUGGGCCAGAGGGUGGCAGUCAAGACCAUUAAGUGUGAUGUCACAGCGCAGGCCUUCCUGCAGGAGACCGCCGUGAUGACGAAGUUGAAGCAUAAAAACCUGGUGGGCUUGCUGGGUGUCAUCUUGCACAAAGGCCUUCUCAUCAUCACAGAGCUCAUGACCAAGGGAAACCUGGCAAACUUUCUCCGGACAAGAGGCCGUUCGGUCAUCACCCGUGUGCAGCUGCUCGUCUUUGCACUUGAUGUGUGUGCGGGAAUGGAGUACCUGGAGUCCAAGAAGCUGGUGCACAGAGACUUGGCCGCUCGCAACGUCCUGGUCUCGCACGACACUGUGGCCAAGGUCAGCGACUUUGGGCUGACAAGGGCCGCGUCCAAGGUGUCGGACAACCAGUGUGACAAAAUGCCUGUUCGAUGGAGUGCCCCAGAAGCGCUGAGUAAGGAGAAGUUCUCCACCAAGUCAGACGUUUGGAGUUAUGGCGUCCUCCUUUGGGAGAUCUUCUCUUAUGGUCGCCAGCCCUACCCAAAGAUGUCUUUGCAGGAGGUGAAAGAGCGAGUGGAGGGCGGCCACCGCAUGGAGGCUCCGAGCGACUGCCCCCCCGCUGUGUACGCCCUCAUGACCAUUUGCUGGGACAAGGAGCCUCGCAGGAGACCCACUUUCCACAAACUGAGGGACAAACUGGAGCAACAGACGCCUUGAAGACUUCUGAGAGCGUCAGGUUUGGAUGCGGACAUGGAGGUGGAUAUCCCACACCACAUGUUGAUCAGCUAUUUUCUGAUGAACAUUGUGGAAUAUAAAACAUUCCAGGUGGAUAACAGUCCUGUAAUGAUGCACACACACACACACACACACACACAGACACACACACUAGCCCGUAUAGUUGACCCAUUGGAGCGUUUGUUCUUUGAUUGAUUGAUACUUUUAUUAGUAGAUUGCACAGUUCAGUACAUAUUCCGUACAAUUGACCACUAAAUGGUAACACCCGAAUAAGUUUUUCAACUUGUUUAAUUCGGGGUCCACGUUAAUCAAUUCAUGGUAGUUCUCCAUAGUUCUUGUCUUAAAGAACUGGAUACCACCAACCAUUCAGUAUUACACUAUAUAAUAUGUAUCAUAAAAAUAUCCUCUUCAUUUGUAGAUCUUUAUUGACUGGAGUAAUAAGUAUUUAUGUUCCUGUUAUGAAUAGUUUUUCCACUGUAUUUAUUAUUGUAUUGUUUUUGUAUGCCUUGCCUUUUAGCCAUUGUUGUAUCACUUUAGCGUUCGGUCAUCUUUUUCUUAAAGCGAUUUCAGCGUCCGACCCUUCAAGCAAUUUAGAUUGACUUAUUUGUCCUUCUCAUUGUUUUAUCAUUCCAUCUGUUUUCACCUUUUAGAAUUUAAAAUGUUUUGUCUUCAAUCUGUUAUUUGACAUGUGUAGCGUUCUAUUGUUAGAUCUAUUAUUCUCUGGACUUAAAGUUUUGUCAUUGUAGCAUUUUAACUUGUUCGCCUUCUGUCGUUCCAUUCCAAGAAUUCAGGCCGCCGAUUUUAGAAUACAAUAGUUUUAUUGCCAUUUUUACAGUGAACAGGUUCAAAGAACAACAAAAUUUGAUCAGAUCUCCUAAGGUGCUUACACCAUCAUUUAGUAAUAUAAAUAGUAAAAUAUAAAAAAAUAUAUGUAUCUACAUAUAUGUAUAUAUCCACACACAUGCACAUAUGCAUACAUAUUCAUAUAUAUACACAUAUAACAUUAUUGCACAUUAUAGUCCAAAAAUAAUCAGAAGACACGUGAAGUGAAGUGAAUUGUAUUUACAGUAUAUAGCGCUUUUUCUCUAGUGACUCAAAGCGCUUUUACAUAGUGAAACCCAAUAUCUAAGUUACAUAUAAACCAGUGUGGGUGGCACUGGGAGCAGGUGGGGAAAGUGUCUUGCCCAAGGACACAACGGCAGUGACUAGGAUGGUUUAAGCGGGGCUCGAACCUGCAACCCUCAAGUUGCUGGCACGGCCGCUCUACCAACCGAGCUAUACAUGAGAACAUGUGACAUGUGUCAUGUCCUCAUGUGACAUGCUGACACAUUGUGCUAACUCAGCGCCUGUUUGACUCUUGGGUAAAAUCUAUUUUGUAGUCUAGUUUUGAGCUUUAACGUACACCAGGGGUGUCCAAACAUUUUCCUUCAAUGGCUGUACGCUGAAAAAUCAAAGCAUGCGGGGGCUAAUUUAAUAGCUGUCAUUAAUAAACCAGUACAAUAUAUAUUGUAUCCCCUCAUCGGUGUGUGUUAAAGAUCCCAGGGACCCAAAAGGGUUUCAGUCAAAGUGUAAAAAUAACGCAUACGAUAUAUAUAUAUAUAUAUAUAUAUAUAUAUGUAUAUAUAUAUAUAUAUAUAUAUAUAUAAAUGUUUAACUUUCAACGCUGAAGUAUCUAUAUAUCCACUUCAUGUCCAGCUGUUGCCAUAAAGGUUUUUAUGAACAUUUUUAAAAACCUGUUUUAAUGGCAAAAACACAAAACAUGCACACAUAUCCCCAAAAAUAUAUUUUUUAAAGGGACAUAUGUAAUGGGAAGUAAUUUCAGCUGUAAAUAGAUACAUAAUCCAUAACAAUAUUGUUUUUUUGAUAUGUACAGUAUGUGUGUGUACAUUCGUCAUGAUGACGACUAUUAACUAUGAACAAUAAAACACUGAAUAUUAACAACAUAUGAACAUCUUUUCCUUCUCAGACCAACUCCUCCGUAGUUGUGUAUCUUUUACGAUCAAGCAAAACACAACAAAAAUGUAACAAACAACAACAUAUGAAUGUAAUAAACACUUACAAUUUGAUGUAUUGUAACUUUUAUGCAGAAA